AUGUUCUCUCGACUGGCAAUUAAUCUCGCCAAACCGGCUACCAAGCCGGCCGCGGCCUUGAAGCCUCGCAUGGCUUUCCAAAUCCGAUUUGUUUCUCAGGCUACCGCCGGAAGCACUGGCAGGAAGAUGCCUUUCAAGGCUACUCAGGCUACUGCUCCUGUUGAUUCGCUGCCUGCUACUUUCACAAUUCGGGAUGGCCCUGUCUUUAGUGGCAAGGCCUUUGGCGCCAAUGCCAAUAUCUCGGGUGAAGCCGUCUUCACUACCUCUCUGGUCGGCUACCCAGAGUCCAUGACCGACCCGUCGUACCGUGGCCAGAUCCUGGUCUUUACUCAGCCGCUAAUUGGCAACUACGGUGUCCCUUCCAACGAGCGAGAUCAGUACAAUCUUCUCAAGCACUUCGAGUCACCUCAUAUCCAGUGUGCUGGUGUCGUCGUGUCUGACGUGGCUCUCAACUACAGCCAUUGGACUGCUGUCGAGAGUCUCGGCGAGUGGUGUGCCCGUGAGGGUGUUCCCGCCAUUUCCGGGGUUGAUACUCGUGAGAUUGUCACCUUCCUCCGAGAGCAGGGUUCCUCCCUCGCUAGGAUUUCCAUUGGUGAAGAGUACGAUGCCGACGAAGACGAAAGCUUUAUCGACCCUGGCCAGAUCAACCUUGUCAAGCGUGUCAGCACCAAGGCUCCCUUUGUGGUCGAGUCUCCUGGUGCUUCCCUGCAUGUUGCUCUCAUUGACUGCGGUGUCAAGGAGAACAUUCUUCGAAGCUUGGUCAGCCGCGGUGCCUCUGUGACCGUCUUCCCUUACAACUACCCCAUCCACAAGGUCGCCCAGCACUACGACGGUGUCUUCAUCUCCAACGGACCUGGUGACCCAACCCACUGCCAGGAGACUGUGUAUAACCUCGCCCGCCUGAUGGAGACGUCUUCCAUCCCCAUCAUGGGAAUUUGUCUUGGUCACCAGCUUCUGGCCCUGGCCGUCGGUGCCCGCACCAUCAAGCUCAAGUACGGUAACCGAGCUCAUAACAUUCCUGCCCUCGACUUGACCACUGGUCAGUGCCACAUUACCAGCCAGAACCACGGUUAUGCCAUUGAUGCCAGCACUCUCCCCAGCGAGUUCAAGGAGUACUUUGUCAACCUCAACGACGGCAGCAACGAGGGUAUGAUGCACAAGACCCGACCCAUCUUCUCAACCCAAUUCCACCCUGAGGCCAAGGGUGGCCCAAUGGACAGCUCGUACCUCUUUGAAAAGUACCUGGAUAACGUCCGGCUUGCAAAGAGCAACGCCCUCGAGUACAAGGACAACCGCCCCAGCCAGUUCAUGCUUGAUGUGCUGGGACGUGAACGCGUUGGCGUCGAGCCUAUGCCUCUCGCCAGUGCCGCGUAA